AUGAUUAAUGGUGAUAGUGAUUGGGGUGGUAGUGAUGAGUGCCCAGAUACCGCCAGGCAAGUGAGAUUUGGGAGCAGGAUAAAGAAGGGGAACAAGGGCAAUAUUCAAGAGUUCGAGGCGGGAAUUGGAAACAGCAGUAAACAGGAAGAGGCAACAAAGCUGUACAAAGAAAAGGUACGGUCGUUUGAUGUGGCAAUGGGUGUAAGUACGUGUAACAGUGAUCAGCAGGCGCAGCACGGAACCGAAAUGACGGCAACAAAGCCCAAGGAACGGCAAUUCCAGAUACGGUCGUUUGAUGUGGCAAUGGGUGUAAGUACGUGUAACAGCGAUCAACAGGCGCAGCACGGAACCGAAAUGACAGCAACAAAGCCAAAGGAGCGGCAGUUCCAGGUCAUUUUUUUGGAUUUUUGCCCAUUACGGCAAUUCCAGGUGGUGCCCGUUCCAGGAACAUUUACACGUGGACGAUGGAAAUGCUGGGAUUACAAAGAUAAAACAUCGGAAACCGUAAUUGAUUUCACCGACAAAUCGGAGAAACACACCGCAAGAACAUUUACACGUGGACGAUGGAAAUGCUGGGAUUAUAAAGAUAAAACAUCGGAAACCGUAAUUGAUUUCACCGAUAAGUCCGAAAAACACACCGCAACGAUCAAUCUUACUGAAAAUGUGGCAUCCUAUGUAGCCACUCCAUCGACACAAACAGACCCAAUCAACCAUACGCUAAGCGAACCACGCCUGUCGACAACCGUUGAUAGUGGCACAGGUUUGACAUUUCACAUUGCCCUUUAA